AUGUGUUGUAUUUUGUGUUUCAACAAAUUUUUGUCUUAAAUCUCGUCAUGGAGUAAUUCGAUAGCGUCAUAAAUAUUUAUUUAAAACACUUAGAUGCUAACUCUUCCUCCUCAAAAUUCAAUUUAUAGCAUGACACCUUAAAAUUUAACUGAUUAGGAAGCAUUUCAUGAUAAAUGGUUAUUUGGUUUUGAAGAAUAAAAUCCCUUUCUUCCAACAUUUGAAUAUCUCAAUACGGUUUUUCCUUAAAAGAAAAUAAAAAAAGAAGAAGAAAUAAUAUGUUAGAACAAGGAGCUUUUUAAUGUCAACUAAUCUAAAAGCAUCUAUCUUAGUAAAAUAACUCAAUUAAUUGAUACAGAAAUCACUCCAAAGCAGUAAUGAAAUUAAUUUAUUCUUAUAGUACAAAGAGAAAUGGAGAGAAAUGGAAAAGAAAAAUGAAGUAAACAGGAGAUUCUUCUGAAGAGCCUUAUGGGGCAAAUACUCAUUAAUUAAAAUUGGCUCGAAAUAGACAAUCUGCAAGAGAUUCAAGAAAAAGAAAGAAGAUAUAUAUAGAACUUCUUGAAAAUAAAGUUGAAGAAUUGACAUAAGAGAUGUUAAGACUUUAAGCAACAAUAGCAAACUAAAACAAUUACAUUAACUAUUGUGCUAAAAUUCCAUCAAUGGUAUUUUUUUUAAAUAAUCACAUUUUUUAGAUCAAGGAGUUUCAUAUGAACUAUUAAAAUCAGUUAGUAAAUCUAAAACAUUCUCCUUGUUAAGCCCAACUAAAAAUAUUAGAUUAAGAAUUUGGAGUUCAGUCAAUAAGAAGGAUAGAAUUGUGUAAUUCAUUCUUCAACACUUUGAUGGACCAUGCUAUACCUAAUGAUUUAAAGAAAAUUAUGGAAUCUGCAAUGAAGGGUAUAUUAUAAGUCUAAUAAAUAUAGGAUCUGACUUUUUUAAUGAGUAGGACCCUAGUUAUAAGACCAAUCCAAAAAACACACUUAAAGAAACAUAAAAAAAGUUUAUUGAUGAAACUAAGCGUUUAGAAUUGUAUAAACAUAAUCCUAUUAUUUUAGUUACAUGUUUGACAUGGCUAAAAACUUCGAAAAAGUUCGUUAGUAAAGUUUUACUUUGGAAUAACUAAAAUAAGAAGCUUUAAAGGAUAUUGCUCCAAAGACUUUUGCUUAAUAUUUAGUGAAUAUGAACUCAGAACUAUAAGCUAAUGUAAUUAAAGAAGAGGAUGAAGAAUUAUCAUCACUACAGUCACCUUGA